CACGUUGUGUUAUCGUGUCGUGUGCGUUCUGAUUGCAGCUGGUCGUCACUUCCUAGACACAGAAUCCCGUUUACGUAUGAAAAGGAUGCCGUUGAGUAUAUAUCUUGUCAGUGAUAUCGUAGCUCAAUAGCUGCGUUGGCGAUUUUAAGCGGUUCACAAAUGAGAACGAGUGCCUUCAAAUUUCAUCCAGACUGACAAGAUGUCUUCCGGUCAGGAAACGUCUAGGUUGUUUUUUUAAUAGAGCCUUCUUUGUAAAUUUAUCUUUAAAGAUGUUCUUUGGUUCAUAUCUCGAAUUAUCGCCAGAAUUUUUUCCAGGUGAGUCGUGAGUGGAAAAAAAGACAUCAUGUAAUUAAUCGAUUUAUCGACUAAUAACGGAGUGAAACGUUGCAUUUAUGUAACAUCUAUUUCUAAUUUGCGAACAAGUUAAUUGUACCAAUUUGCAACGCCGUCGCACCCUACGAACCCGAGCAGAAGAGUUUCAGCUAGACAUUAAGUCAUACGCUCGGUGGAACUCCAUAGCAAACGAUGGUAGACGGAAAAGGAAGGUCUGUGAGGCCAAAUGAAAAUAAAGAUUCCCGCGUUGCCUUUAAAGUUUGUUAAACCAAGUGUUGUGUGUGUCAGUGGCGCGUCCAUCACGCCAUCGAAAGGAGCAAGACGAUUGGUUCUGGGCUCUGGUCACCGCCUACCCUUCUGACGAAAUGCCGCCAAAAGACAUCCUUCUUCAUUCAUGAAACUCAUUUUUUCCGCACCACGCGCCAGACUUUAAGCAGCUCAUUAUUCCGACUAAUCAAUCAUUAAUAAAAAUAAUCUAAUAAUAUUUUGAAACAUUUUAUUGCGUCUAGUUAUCAACGGGUUUUCAUUGCCUGGCGUCCAAAUUCGACACGAUGGUCAGCGUAGGUCAGUUUUGAUUGCUGUUCAUUUCGACCUUGAAGUUCGUUAGAAAUCAGUUUAAAGGAACAAAAUUAAUACAACGAAACGCCGUCAAUGAUGCCAUGCCCAGACACACACCAUAUGGAGAAGAAAAGGGAGGGGGGCUUGCUGUGUGUGUGGGGAGGUGGGAAAUUUCCUACAAGACGACGCACACAAGGAAGAAGAAAUAGGGGAGGAGCCAUUAGCCCUAUUUUUCUUCUUUUCCCUCUCAACUUCCUCUGCCAACGGACCACACAGUCUUGUGACUGUGUCUAAAAGAGUGAUUAGAACGCUAGACGGUUCUAGUUCUAGCAUUAGCCAACACACUCGUGCUCCGGACGGAUUGGUGCCGUGCGCUCAACGUGUUGUUGUCCUUCUACAACCCAUUGAUGGGGAACUAGGAAAAAGACCAUAGGAAGAUACGGGAAAAAACAAAAUUCAAAGUGCGACGACAACAAGUGAUUAGAUUAUUAUUGGAAAAGACAGAAAAAGAAACAAUAGACAAAAAUGGAGUACUGGUCAAGGAGAGAAGAACUGAUGAAUGGGUACGAGAAAGAGAUGUUCCGACCUUUCCCAUCUGUCGGCAGGCUCUUCCAGUGCAGUAAUCCUUUCAGGACACUUAAUUAUCACGGAACGCGACAGCCAGCUUUAUUAGUCAUCUGGACAUUGCUCUUCAUCGGCUAUUUCCCCACAUCCAUGCAAACAGACCAGGUGGGUCAAGGUGACUCUUGGCCGUUGGAAAGGAACGAUCAGGAAUGUCCCACCUGUACCCGGGAGCGUGCCGUUUCCGUCAUGAAAGAUGACGAGAUUAAACGGUGGCGCAUCGAAUCGACUAAACAGCAGAUCCUUGAUCGAUUAGAAAUGGAUGAUCGACCACCUAGAGUUAAGACGAAAGAAGCUGCUCUUCAUUUGCACAGUUUGCCACCGACUAUCGUCUUACCUGAGAGCAUGUCUAGUUCGUACGAAGUCGCGCAGGAAGCUGAACCAAUCAGGCAAAUCAUUUUGUUUCCGAGCAAGACAUUUCGUCGCAACAAAAACAGCCGUCAUCAUCACAACGAUCCACCGCCACUAAUCAAGGAACUGGAAACAGUCACAUUAAAGUUCCCCAUCACUGACGAUAUGCUCGAAGCUGCACUUCAUUCAGCCGUUUUGUGGACGGCACAGCAGACGUCAGACAACACAACUAACGCUAAAUCAGUUGAUUGGGAAUCGACGGAUGUUACGAUGGCGGUAGACAGACAAAUUGGUCGCCAUCACAGGCACAGAUUUCUCAGCUUACCAUUUGAUACAAGGCUACAUUUGGAUCACCCUCAGCAACCUCAACCUUACUUAGUCAUUCAAAUCGACCCGUCACAAAGAAGAUCGGCCGAGGUCAGCUCAAGGAACUCCCGCCAAAAGCGACAGAGUACUACGACGCCCAGGUGCGGUGCAACCGUGACCCAGUGCUGUCGAGAAUCUCUCUUCGUCUCCUUCAAGGACGUGGGCUGGGACGACUGGAUUGUAGCGCCAUCCGGUUUCCAUGCCUUCUAUUGUCGUGGAUCGUGCCGCACUUUUACAUCGCCAGCCAGCAGCGCCACUACACACACAUCGCUUCUACAGAAAUUAGCUGCACGGGAGCGGGUCCCCAGCGAAGCACGGGCUCAUCUAGCACCUUGCUGUGCUCCAACUCGCCUCAGUCCACUCACCAUUUUCUAUUCCGAUGAAAAUGAUGUUAUCAAACAGCGAACUUUACCCAACAUGAUUGUCGAAUCAUGCGGUUGUGCCCUGUGAAAAUUGGCCACCGGCAUUUUUUUUAUUUUUCGCCCAAGUCUGUUCAUCUCUGCACGACCAAAUUCACAAGGCACGUGUCGACCUCGAGUGGCUACAAUCAUCGCUCGUCAUCUUUCUUUCAUUACGAAUCUCACAUAAAUGUGCAGACGGAGGCACUUCAGACUGCACUAACCUAA